CAGGUUCAAAUAAUGGCGUACACUGUCGAGUUCUAUUGAUUGUUAUGCAUCCUCUAAUAAUAGUGUAAUAUGAGUUAUAAGUGAAAUUAAAUGUAGUUACGAUGUGGAUUCCAACAAAAACAAAAAAAUACGGCGUCGCCGUAUAUAAUUGGAGAGGUGAUACUAAAUUUGGACUGUCUUUGGAAAUUGGCGAAACCGUGCAGAUAUUAGAAGAGUGCCAGGGUUGGUAUAGAGGCUUUUCGACCAAAAAUCGGGCAGUUAAGGGGAUUUUCCCUCAAACUUACAUUUAUUUAAAAAACUGUAAAGUGGACAAUGAAGGAUUGUUCGAGAGCGUCGUACCUGUUGAGGAUCCGGUCGUUCGGGAAGUUACACUGGUUUUACGAGAAUGGGGAGAUAUAUGGAAGAAGUUGUUUGUGGAUAGGGAGGUGUACAAAUUUGAGACCGUUGGUAAGGUGAUGCGUGAUCUGUUGGAAUGGAGGAGGCAACUAGUUUCAGGUACAUUGACUCAGGACCAAACACGCGAGUUAAAAUUGAAGAUCAUCGGCAAGAUCGACUGGGGCAAUCGAAAACUAGGAUUAGACUUGGUUCCCAGACAAGGAGCCGAAAUGGUCGACCCCGAUUCGAUGUCGGUAGUUGAGCUAUAUCAAGUGCACGUUUUAAGUGCAGAAAAUUCACAAGGUGCAUCUUCCAGAGGCACGUUAAAAAAGAAAGAAUCAAAGAAAAUAUUAACACACCACUUGUACCUGUGCAUGAGAGACUUUGGUCAUCACAUCGGAGAAGAUACGGAAAUCUUUUUUUCAUUAUACGAUGCCAAAAAACAAAAGUAUAUUUCGGAACGGUUCCUAGUCAAAAUUUCCAAAGAAGGAUUUUCUAACUACAUAGAAAAACUCCAUAUUAAUUGCACUGUUUUUACUGAUUUAGGAAACACAGAUCUUACAAAGGAUACAUAUAUUAUAGCGCAUGUGAUGAGAAUAGGCAAAAUGCUGUAUUCGGAAAGUUCGAAAAAGACUGACAAAAAUGCUCCGGCAUUAACCCAAGUAUUUAAGAGGCCACACGGGGUAGCUGUGCAAAAUUUAAGUGAUAUGGUCUCUCAUAAAGAUGGAGACUCGGAGGAGAAGGAGUUCACGUUAAAGGUAUAUCAAGGGGAAGAAAAAGAUUUUCAUCAGUUACACGAGUUGAUUAUACGACAAACGGGAAAAUAUAGUGCUUUAUCUUGUCAACCAAAUUAUGGUAUCAUUCUCUCGUUAAAACUUUUACAUGGCGAAUUAAAACAAAUAAAGGAAGAGAAUCCGCUGUUGUUUAAAAAUAUGAGCUUGACAAAUAAACUUGGGUUUCCCGAUGUAAUAAUGCCCGGCGAUGUGCGAAACGAUCUAUAUAUUUUGUUGGAGAAGGGCGAGUUUGAGCGAGGUGGUAAAUCGACCGGUAAAAAUAUUGAGGUUACAAUUUUGGUGUUGGAUAGCGAAAAAAAUAUUGUUAAGAAUUGUUUAUGGGGUGCUUCUGGUUUGGAGGGCACCACAGAAUACAACUCGAUGAUCAUAUACCAUCACAAUUCCCCUUCUUGGGCAGAAAAUGUUCGGCUCACACUUCCUAUUGAUAAAUUUGCAGGUGCUCAUAUACGACUUGAGUAUAGGCAUUGUUCAACACGUGAAAAAAAUGACAAGAAAUUAUUCGGUUUCUCCUUCAUACGAUUAAUGGACAAGGAAGGUGCGGCCGUACUCGACGGGCAACACGAGUUGUACAUUUACAAAUGUGAAGAUGCAGACAAACUGCUUAAUUGUGGGUACUUAUCCUUUCCGUACUGGAGUAAGGAUUGUGAGGGCAACCACGACGCCAUUGGAACCUUCUCACGUAGUCACAAGGAAGUUGUGGUAGUUAAAACAUUGCUAUGUUCGACGAAAUUAACGCAGAACGUCGACUUAUUAUCAUUAUUACGCUGGAAAUCGCACCCUGAGAGAAUUCAAGAGUCGUUACAAAGAGUAUUACGUUUAGGUGACGAGGAGCUUGUCAAAUUUUUACAAGACGUUUUAGAUGCGCUCUUCGCAUUAUUUUCGACUGAAGACGGAAAUUCCACGCAACACAGUGGCUUAGUUUUUCACGUUUUGGUUUCGAUUUUCAGUUUGUUGGACGAGUCCAAGUUUCAACAUUUUAAACCGGUACUUGAUGCUUACAUUAAGGAGCAUUUUGCUGCGGCGUUAGUGUACAAAGGACUACUGACAAGCGUUCAACAUUGUGCGGAUUGGGUUUUGUCAACCGACAAGCAAGAGCCGAUCCAAAAAUGUUUUAAAAGUUUGGAAUACAUUUUCAAGUUAAUUAUUCAAAGCAGAAUGCUGUUUUCGCGGGCAACGGGUGGCCAGUAUGAAGACAGUUUUCGGCGCGAUUUGCAAAGUGUGUUCUCAGCAUUGAACAACAUGAUGGGUAUUGCUACAUCGGUUAUUAUACCGACACAGGUUGCAUUGCUGUUGUCAAUUAGCGCCGUCUAUGAGCUUCUGAUAGAUGUAUUGCCUAUAAUGGAGGUAACAAAAUGGGCUGUGUUGUUACUAGAUUCCUUGCCACGAGAACUACCGGCGCAAUUGGUUCAAGCGAAAUUAAUGGCAAUUAAGAACUUGGUUACCAGUAAAAUUUUCCAGGAGGAUGACUCGAGAAAUAUGUUGUUGGCGAAUGCCUGCAAACAUUUACGCUAUCACUUGGUUCACAGGGAUGAGUUACGCUUGUGCACCGAAAUACUAGGCGAAAUUUUAGGCUUCUUAUGCAAACAAAAAAAGCACUGUGAAGAACAGGGCAAGAUCAAUAAUUGUAUUCACCACGAUGUGGACACGCUUUGUAUUAACACAUUUGACGUUUUAAUUCAAACAGUAUUAGCGAUAAUUGAUAAGAAUAUAACUGUGAUUGGCCAAUUGGUCGCGUGCUUAAUCGGAUGCCUGCAAUUAUUCGACGAAUUUCACUACAAACGUUUGUGGGAAACUCUAAUGGGCUCAAGUCACGACCGUAAACCUCUAAAAGAUUUUUUAAUGCGCGCAUUUCUUGUCUUUCGCCAGUUAGUUAAGCAAGAAGUUUAUCCACCCGAUUGGCUCGUUAUUAAGAUGGUAGCCAACAACGUAAUGUUAAAAGCGCUUCAGGAACUCGCACAACCUCUCGCGUUCAAAUUCUUAGAUACUCGAACUGGCUAUUUCGACAAAGAGUUGUGGACCAGCUAUUUUAAUCUUGCAGUUGACUAUUUAACGCAACAGUCCUUGCAGUUGGAGCAAUUCUCUGAGGUUAAGAGAGAGAAAAUCAUUGAAAAGUACGGAGACAUGCGCGUACUUAUGGGAUUCCAAAUACUUUCGAUGUGGUCUCAGCUCGGUGAACAUAAGCUACACUUUAUACCGUCAAUGGUGGGACCAUUUUUAGAGGUUACUUUAGUACCCGAAAUUGAGUUGCGGAAGGCAACUUUACAUAUCUUCUUUGAUAUGAUGGAGUGUGAGCAGAAGGUUCGUGGGAAUUUUAGACAGGUGGAGAGUGAGCUGAUCGAUAAAUUGGAUAUUUUAAUUUCGGAAAAUAAAGGGGACGAUGAAUAUAGGAGGCUAUUUAAUACAAUGGAACAUUUAAGUGCAGUGUUACUGGAUAGAGUGCAGUCGGAAGAUCCGGCAUGGAAAGACAGUGGAGCAGCUUUUAUUAGUUCGGUGACACGGUUGCUUGAACGACUCUUAGACUACCGCAGUGUAAUACAGGGUGACGAAAAUCGCGACAAACGCAUGUCGUGUACUUUUAAUUUGCUUAACUUCUACAAAAAUGAAUUCAAUCGCAAGGAGAUGUAUUUGCGCUACAUUUAUAAAUUACACGAUCUGCAUAUGUCGGCUGAUAACUUUACAGAGGCGGGCUUCACGAUGAUGUUAUAUGCCGAUCAGCUAUCCUGGACCAGUAAUACAUUAGUUGUAGAUUCAAAUUAUGCUGGUUAUAGGGAGUGUGAAGUGAAAGAAAAAUUGUAUCAUUUAAUUAUUAGCCAUUUUGAUAGGGGAAAGUGUUGGGAAAAAGGCAUACCACUGCUCAAAGAGUUGGCUAAUCUCUACGAAACACAGCUAUUUAACUAUAAAGCUUUAAGCGAUAUUUUAAAAUAUCAAGCGAAAUUUUAUGACAAUAUUUUAACACAACUCCGUCCCGAACCGGAAUACUUUCGUGUCGGAUUUUAUGGUUUAAGUUUUCCGCUUUUUGUUAGAAAUAAACAAUUUAUUUAUAGAGGUUUAGAGUAUGAAAGAAUAGGCGCAUUUACACAACGAUUACAGACUGAAUUUCCAUCCGCACAUAUCCUUACGAAAAAUACGCCUCCUGAUGAUACUAUAAUUAAUUCAGAAGGACAAUUUAUACAGAUAAGUAAUGUGAAACCGAUCCCCGAACCCAACCCCAUAGUAUUAGCGAGCGAUAUACCCGAAAAAAUAUCUCGCUUUUAUCAUUACAACGAUGUCAGACGUUUUCAGUGUGACCGUCCAGUUAACAAAGGUAUUGUAGACAAGGAUAACGAAAUUAAGACAUUAUGGAUAGAGAGAACGAUUUUGGAAAUUGAGAGCUUACUACCUGGAAUAUUGAGAUGCUUCGAGGUAGUGACAAGGCAUACCGAAGAAAUUGCACCAGUUCAAUAUGCGUGCGAGACGAUGGAGUCUGUGGAAAAAGAAGUUCGUCAUCUCAUUGUCGUGUACACUGCAGAACCGAAAAGGAACCUGAAUCCGUUUACGAUGCGCUUACAAGGAAUUAUUGACGCCAACGUUCAGGGUGGGAUCAGCAAAUAUCAGCAGGCGUUCUUUACUCAGGAGUUCACGAAAUUAUUUCCCGAGCAUAUGACGCACGUGUACAGACUAAAAAAUCUAAUUUUCGAUGCCAUGCAGGUGUUAGCUUGCGGAUUAGAACUGCAUGGGAAAUUGGCGCCCAGUGGCGUGCAACCUUUACAUCAACGACUUUUAGAGCGAUUUGCACAAUUGCGCCAUAGUUUAGGUUCGAUUAACAAAUUAAAACGGCAACAAUCGGAGAGUAUUGUGAAUACUCCACUACCUCCAUUACCAAUAGAUAAAUUACACUUCAACGAGAAUCAUAGUAAUCGGUCUUCUGGGUCAAGUGGAAUUUAUGGGCAGAUGUACGAACAACAAAUAUUAGAAAACGACGAUAUUUACACAAAACCAAUGGAGUUCUUAGACCGCCUUGGACCUAGCCGUGAAAAUUUAACACUCCCAAUGGUGUCUACCGCACCUCCGAUACCGCAAAGGGAAAACAGGCCACGUUCCCAAGGAUACAAUACCACACCAACCAAUCCUUUGGACUCGGCCCGUACGCCGACAAGAGGAAGUGUCGAUUAUUCUAGUUUACCUCCCAUGAAGUCACGGGAUUUGGACACCUCCGAAAUUGUUCUACCUCCGAAACCAACUCACAGUCGCGAGCGAUCCCUAACCAAGCCACCUUCUCCGCGUUUGCUUAGGCAUUCUGUCGCCACGCCAACCGAAUCAACUAUGCGAAAUUCGUGGCCGGAGAGUGGUACGGAGGAAGCGCCGCCAUUACCUCCAAGAUCGCAUACUCCUGACAAACGACCUGGUUCCAUUACUCUCAGCGAACCACCUCCAAAUAUUCCUAAAAGGGGACAAAAGAAACUAUCCACCACAUCAAUAUUUAGCAUAGACUCGAUCGUCGACAUUUCCCUUGAAGAUUUGAACCCAGACAUCACAGCGGCAAUUACUACACAACCGGAACCAGACGGUCACGAUCUGCGCGAUUCAGGCAUUAGUAUUACAGAUAACUCGCACCUUAACAACUUCAAUAACACCUGCUACGAAGAAUUCGACUUACGUACGCAUCAACAGGAGAUGAACAUCAAUUCGAGUCCGCAAGAGUUUAGCCCCAAAAUGGAAAAUCCCCCUCCUAUACCACCGAAGGCGACUUUAGGUUUACAGUUAAGUUUAAAUUCUAGUUUCGAUUUAGGUAGCGGUAGCUUAGAACGUAAACCGAAGCCGGCUGAAGCCGAUGUGUCUUCUCCCGGAAAUUACUCGGUACCUAAAUUACAAAACGAAAAUGGGGACGUUGGUAAAAGUAGCGAAAAUCCGUGUUAGUAAUAGUGUGAUUACGGUUUCAUUUCAAACGUAAGCAUUCCCAAGAGUAUUUAUUCCAGAAAUCCGAGAAUGUGCGGGUCAUUUUUUUAAUAUUGUGAAGUAUUUUCUUAUGCAAUGAAUUUUAUUGUCUAUUUAAUGUGUAUAGUCGUAUAUUGAGUGGGUCACAUGAAGUAAGCAAAAUGUAUUGUUGGGCCUAAUGUCUGCUUUGCUUCCUUUGAAAUGGACCCUCGUUCAGGCCAUUAGUGAAAGUAUAGUCGGGUGUCAUAUAUUUUUUAAUAUAACAGAGUGCCAACGUUACAUAUUAGCAAUACAUAGUGUCAUUUGCUACUGUUAAAAUCAGGGCAACAUUUAAUGCUAUUUUGGAGUUACAACUUUAUAGUAAAUAUUGACUCUUGAUUAUUUGCUUUGCGCCUGCACUGGUACACUUUGAGUAAUUUAUCAAAUGAUUGGGGUUAAGUGCCAGUAUGCUAUUUUGUCUACUCUAAAAAUAAUGGAUGGUAUUCGCAAAGAAUAGUAAAUAUAAAGAGUUCGCUAUUGAUGAGGUUAAUGAAACGUUGACAUUUGGAUUUUCAAAUUCUUGUGGGCACAGGUAGAUAUUCUGUACAAAGUGUUGCUUACCGAAACUAUAUCAGCAGUUUGGGCGUUGUUGUUCCCCCAGAGACGCGUUGAAGUAGAUAUAGGGCCAUGUGACGUUAUAGACAGUGAGUUCUAGCUCACGAGUUUGGCCGAUAGGCCUGUGCAAUACAUUAAACAGGUCAGUUUCACAGGUGAAACAGGUUGUUUAAUAUGAACAAGUCUAUUGAACAGUCAUGUUUCUCUAUGAAACAGACCUAUUUGGAAGCACAAUUCUGGCGUGUUACAUGAAUUUCGCCCAAAUGCGUGCUCUAGAAAAUCACUGUCUGUAACGCCACCCUCCUGUCUGGCAUAGGUGGCCAUAUAUCUACUCAACUGGUAGGAUUCUUGUGUCUGCCCAGAUAUUUGCAAUGAAUGUUGAUGCUACCUACAUACAAUGCUGUGUUGCCAAAGUACAUCAAACUGAAUGUACUUUCGCAAAUGCAUAUCCGAAUAUAAAUUCUUCUUCUUAAAAUUUACACAUAUAUGCGUUUAGCGUUAAAUCUCUUUAUAUUUGUUAAUCUUUGAUAAUGCCUGGUCCGAAAAAACUUACCAUGACAUUUUAGGCCCUAAAGUUGCCACAUUUGUGGUAUUUAAAGACCUAUUUCUACAUCUGAAUAAUUGAGAGUCCUCAAUUGUAGCCAGGAUACAGAAAAGUCUGUCACAGAAUAUGAAUGUAAAAAAAUGGUACAACAAUUAAUAUUAAUUAGUGCCUGGUCGCCUUAUAAUUGAACUGUCAUGUGCUCACGUAACGUUUUCGAUAUGCCACCAAGGCGUUUAGUUGUCAACUUUUCAGUAUUCAAGCUAUUAUUGCAUACUCAUUCGAAACACAAAAGAUUUUUAUCAGUUGCUGUUUUUUAUUCUGCAAAUCAAUGUUAUUUGCUUGAUUAUAUUUGAUGGGUUUUUGAAGCAAAGUGGUGCUAAUUAUACAAACAUGUUACAAUUUUUUCAUACAUUAAAAGUUUUUGAGUAUGUUGUUUUGGAAGCAGUUCCUAUAUGUUUGGAAUAUCUGUUAUGAAAUGCUCCUACAUUUUACUGUAUGUUUAAAUUGU